GUUUGUGAAUAUUUAUUUUUCCGUUUAUCGGUCGCUUUCUAUAACAUCCCAUUAUAAAGCCGGGAUCCACGAGAGGUAUAGAAAUAAAGGAAUGGAGCGGGAGCCUUACAAGUUGGAAAUAUCUAUUCGAAAACCCAAUGAUCGAGCUACACUUCAGGCAUAGCAUACAUACCACUUCAACUUCCUAUUUGUUCUUCACAACUCUUGAAGGUAAAACAGUUAAACUGCUUAAAUACUAAGCUCGUCUAUUCUUUUUUGACCUCGCUCACAUCUCAUCUCUUUCUGCAUGACAAGUUGCAGCCUUCGUCAAUUGAUGAUAUCAAUGGCCACAAGUUUAAAGUGCAUGGCAAAUAGGCUUGAAAACAUAAAGGAGGAAGGCGUCGAGAAUUGGCUACCGGCGGCAUGUCCACUGCCCCACACUCCAACCGAAUCCAUGGAGUUUCUAGGGAGGUCAUGGAGUGUUUCAUCUGUGGAAGUCUCGAAAGCUCUUUCCCACACUUUUGUUGAAAACCCUAAUUUAUUUUGCAAUGUUGAUCAAGGUAAUCAAGAGAGCUCAUCUACAAUGUCAGAAGAACAUCAACCUCAACCAUUAGCAAAACCAGAUAGCCCUCCAGUUUCUCCGAGAAAAAGUGAUGAAAUGAAGGAAUUGUUUCUGAUUCAUCAAGCUCUCAACCAAGAUUUUCUUUCUAAUCAUCAAUUACUCAAAAAUGGGCUAUACAGAAACAUUAUGAGAGGAAGGACAAUGGGUAGAUGGAUAAAGGAUCAGAAAGAGAGGAGGAAGCAUGAGAUAAGAACACACAAUGCUCAGCUGCAUGCAGCAGUUUCAGUGGCUGGAGUUGCUGCAGCAGUGGCUGCUCUUACUGCUUCAUCAGCAACAUUAAGCAAAAAUUCAGGUAAUAAGGAGCGCUCAAAAACAUCAAAUGCAAUAGCAGCAGCAGCAGCUCUAGUGGCAUCACAUUGCAUAGAGAUUGCAGAGGACAUGGGAGCUGAGCAUGAACAGAUUUUAUCAGCUGUAAAUUCUGCUACUAUUGCCAGGAGUAAUGGUGAUAUAAUGACUCUCACUGCUGGAGCAGCCACUGCAUUGAGAGGAGCUGCAACAUUACGAUCUAGGCUGCAAAAGGCUCCUACAACUAUGGCAUUGGCUGAGGAACACGUUGAAGAAGGCAAAGAGUUAAAUGUCUUGGCAGCCUUAAACUUUGUUUUUAAAGGGGGCGAACUUUUGAAGCUUACAAGAAAAGGGGACCUUCAUUGGAAGCAAGUUUCUUUCAAGGUCAAUACAAAAUGGCAGGUGGUAGCAAAAAUGAAAAGCAAGCACAUGGCAGGAACUUUUACAAAGAAAAAGAAGUUUGUAGUCUCUGGAGUCUAUGUUGAUGUCCCAGCAUGGCCUGGAAGAGAGAUGGAUGAUAGUAAUGAAGAGAGGCAAUAUUUCGGGAUAGAAACCUCUGAAAGAGUAAUAGAGUUUGAAUGCAACACCAAAGACGAAAAACAAAAGUGGAUAGAGGGCUUGCAACAUUUAUUGAAUUGUCGAGCUAAUAUGCCAAGGUUUACGUAAAAUAUAUCUUCAUUUGAUCCAUGGACUUUAAAAACCUUAUGUUAUUGGCGUGUAAUCAAGAAUUAAAAAAAGCAUUGGGUUUGUUGGAAUUGUAAAAUGAGUGGAUUUUAUUUAUGUUAGUGAUUGUGUUUACAAAAUAGUGUGAAAUGAUGUAUUCACGUAAUGAAUUUAUAUUCGAAUAACAUUUGUACAGCUCUUUCAAUAUAUCCUACAAAAUAAGUACAC